UUUUGAAUAGAAUCAUAGAUAGCGCGUAGAGAGUAAAGGUGUAAGCAAUUGAAAAGGCGGAGUGGACACUAAGCGAGUUGCGGACGAGUCGAAUAAACACGCGUCAUAUGAUAUUGUUGUUUGAAUAAGAUCCAUCAUCAUUCAUCAUCGAUCAUCUCUCUCAUUGAUCUCUCGAAUUACUAGAUGAGAGCAUCUUCGAUUUUCCUCUUAAUCUUACUUUCUGCUGUCCUCUUCUUCUCCAAUUUUGUAUUCCCAAUUCAUAACUUAGAACAACAAAACAACGAUAUGGCUACUCUCGGAGGCCUCAAACACACCAAUACCGAGAUCGACUCCCUCGCCCGCUUUGCUGUCGAACAGCACAACAACAAGGAGAAUGCAUUACUUGAGCUGGUCAGGGUUGUGAAUGCAAAAGAACAAGUUGUUGCCGGUUCACUUCAUCAUCUUACUCUUGAAGUUGUUGAUGCUGCUGGUAUUAAGAAACUAUAUGAGGCCAAAGUUUGGGUUAAACCAUGGAUGCAUUUUAAGGAACUCCAAGAAUUCAAGCACCUUCCUGAUGUUCCCCCCUUUACUUCCUCUGACCUAGGUGUUAAGAAAGAUGAACAGGUCGGGGGUUGGCAGUCAGUGCCUGUGCAUGAUCCUGUUGUUCAGGAUGCUGCUAAUCAUGCUGUUAAGACGAUUCAGAUGAGGUCUAACUCAUUGUUCCCUUAUGAACUUAGUGAGGUAGUCCAUGCAAAUGCGGAGGUUGUUGAGAGUUGUGCCAAGUUUGAUAUGCUCCUAAAGGUGAAGAGAGGAGGAGGAAAAGAAGAGAAGUUCAAGGUUGAGGUGCACAAGAACAGUGACGGUGGUUUCCACUUGAACAAGAUGGAUGCUGAUCACUCAGAAUGAUGGAACUUGUUUAGCAGUUGGUGAUAACUCUUCUAUAAACUAUAUUAGGAUUAUAUUAAUAAUAAUAAUAAUAAUAAUACAAUAUAUAUUUGAUUAUCUCCAUGCCAUGACACGCUGUGAGUGGGUUGCUGAAACUUGUGUUUAAUUUGUGCGAUCAACAAUUCAGCCUUUUUAAAUAUUCGUGAUAAAAUAAUAAUUGUCGAGGAGGAGGAGAUUUAUUACUUCAUGUACUAAGACCCUCAUUUUGAAAUGAAAUCGUAAUAUAGUAGUGUAGUGUAGGCAUCUAAUUUGUUUGUUUACUCUAUAAAGAUGAAUAAGGUGUGCAAAUUGC